ACGAGUAUCUUCCUGCUCUUCAGCAUCGUCGCACUCUUCCUUUCGGCGUCCGUUGUCCUCGCCAAGGAGGAGAUCCUCUCCGAUGUUGAUUCGGACGCGGGCCUCAACACCGCGCAAAUCAUCCAAGCCAGAGGAUACCAAGUCGAGCUCCACAAGGUCACAACGACCGACGGCUACGUGCUCACGAUGCACCGCAUCCCCAAGAGCUACGACGAAACGCAGUCGGGCUCCGCUGCCGCCGCCAACAAGCCCGUCGUCAUCCUGCAGCACGGCCUGCUCGACAGCUCGUACACUUGGGUCCUCAACUACCGCCACCAGAGCUUGGCCUUCAUCCUCGCUGACCUCGGUUACGACGUUUGGCUCGGCAACAACCGAGGCACCACGUGGUCCAAGGAACACAAGUACUACAGCACCGACGACGAGAGGUUCUGGGACUUCACGUGGGAGGACAUGGGCAAGCACGACCUCCCGGCCAUGAUCAAGGCCGCACUGAGUGUCUCGGGCCGGUCCACGCUCAGUUACGUCGGCCACUCGGAAGGCACCACGCAGGCGUUCGUCGGCUUCUCGCACGACCAGGAGCUCGCCAUGUCGGUGUCCUACUUCGGAGCGCUCACGCCAGUGGCGUGGGCUGGGGAUGCGACGUCGCCGGUCUUCGUCGCGCUGGCCAAGACGUACAUGGACACGUGGGUGCAGGCCUUCGGCGCGAAGGAGUUCCUGCCCAACAACCCGCUCCUGCAGAACCUCUUGGGCUCCACUCUGUGUGCCUGGGCUGACGAGAUCUGCGACGGCUUCUUUGACUUGAUCGGUGGGCCCUCGGACAACGUCAACUCCUCACGAGUGCACGUGUAUGUGACGCAGACCCCCGCGGGUACUUCGGCCAAGAACAUGGGCCACUAUGCGCAAGGCAUCCGGGACAACACGUUCGCCUCGUACGACUACGGCUGCAACUGCGACCCCAGCGCGGGCAUCGACGCGUGCUCGGAGUUCGACUGCGUGAACAAGGCCAAGUACGGCUCCUUCAACCCGCCAGCCUUCCCCAUUCAGAACAUGGUGUACCCGCGCACGGGCUUCUACAACGGAGCUCGGGACACGUUGGCGACGCAGGCCGACAUCAGCAAGCUGCGAGCUGGUCUUCCCCGCGGCACCAUCGUGUUCGACAAGACGGUCGACUUCGGCCACAUCGACUUCACG